AUGGGUGACAAGUCAUCUGAUAUCGAGACCUUUCACAAUGAUAUCGUGGCAGAGUCCUCUAAAAAAGAAAUCGAUGAGGCCACUGAUCCCGCCGCACAUGAGCGCCGUCAAGCCGGUGCUCUGAAUAUUGUCGAGAACCCUUUGACGCGUAGUUCCAGAGAGCAAGCUAUCGCCGAUGCCCGAAACUUCGCCGCGUCAAAUGACAUGACCGAGCACGCCGACCUUUUUGGCCGGGCUGCUCUGGUUGCACGCAACCCCGAUGAAUUCGAGUCCGUCCCAGAAUUGGACGAAGAAGAGCGCGCGGCCCUUAUUUACGAGAGAGACCACAAGUGGCACGGCUCCUUCAUGCUUUGGUACUCGAUUUCUCUUUGUGCUGUCGGCGCCGCGACACAAGGAUGGGAUCAAACGGGCGCAAAUGGAGCAAAUCUGUCAUUCCCCCAAGAGUUUGGCAUUGCUCGCGAGGGAAAUUCGAGUGAUGAAUGGAUCGUCGGAAUUGUUAACUCCAUCAUCUUUUUCACCGCCGGCCUAAUCGGUGCGUUUAUUGUCGAUCCACUGAAUCAUUACCUGGGACGAAGGGGUGAGAUCUUCCUCACUGCUUGUUGUCUCACAGCAACUCCCAUCGGAUCUGCGUUUGCUAGAAACUGGCAAGAGCUAUUUGUUGCGAGAUUUAUUAUGGGUAUCGGAAUUGGCGCGAAGAACGCCACAGUUCCCAUCUACUCCGCCGAAAUGGCACCGGCGCGAACUCGUGGUGCCCUUGUCAUGUUCUGGCAGCUUUGGGUUGUCGCCGGCAUCUUCCUCGGAUUCGCUGCCAAUGUGAUUGUCAAGGACACCGGAGACAUCGCCUGGCGUCUCCAACUCGGUUCGGCCUUCAUCCCAUCCCUUAUCCUCGGUAUUGGUGUCUUUUUCUGCCCUGAGUCUCCUCGUUGGCUUAUGAAGCAUGGAAAAUAUGCCAAAGGGUACAGGUCCAUGGUGCGUCUGCGCGCUCAUCCAAUCAUCGCAGCCCGAGACUUUUACUACUCCUACAUUAUUUAUCAAGAGGAGCUCAAGGAAGCAAGAGGAGCAGGGUACUUCUCUCGCAUGUGGGAUAUUUUCGCCGUCCCAAGAAUCAGGCGCGCCAACUACGGAGCCUCCACUGUCAUGAUUGCACAGCAAAUGUGCGGCAUUAACAUCAUAUCCUUCUAUAGCUCUACGAUCUUUGUCAAGGCCGGCUAUUCGGAUGUACAGGCCUUGUAUGCAUCACUUGGAUACGGUGCCAUCCAGGUUGUAUCGACGAUUCCAACAUUGUUCCUCAUCGAUACCAAGGGCAGAAGAACCCUGACUCUGAUUACAUUCCCAUUCAUGUGUAUUUUCCUACUCGCGGCAGGUUUGUCACUCCUGAAACACGACGGAACCGCGGGUGAGAAGAUUGGACCUGUUGCAUUAUUCGUCUACUUGUUCACUAUCGCGUACUCCCUCGGCGAAGGACCUGUCGCUUUCCAAUACUCCGCCGAGGUUUUCCCCACAAUCCACCGAGAGCAGGGAAUGGCCUGGGCAGUUUGCAUCAAUAAUACAUUUGCUGGUGCACUUGGUUUAACAUUCCCUCGAAUGACCAGUGUCAUGACUCAAACUGGCGCUUUCGGUUUCUAUGCAGGACUCAAUUUGAUCGCUUGGGGCAUGAUAUUCUGUUUCGUCAGAGAAACCAAACAGCUCACGCUUGAAGAGUUGGAUCAGGUUUUCUCGGUUCCCACAAAGAAAUACAUUGGUCACGAAUUGACCGUAUGGCUUCCCUGGUUUAUCCGAAGACAUGUGUUCCGGCAGAACAUUCCCAAGCCUCCGGCGAUCAUCGCAACGGCGAAGGAAGUCUCUCCUACAAGUCCACCAACAUACGGAGAAAGUGUGGCUAUGGCAAAGUGA